AUGGAUAGCGCAGGUCGCGCUUCCCAUGUCAGCGGCUUUGCACCCGUUCCUGCAGCUUCUCUAGGACCUUCCGUGGCAUCUUUCGUUCCUCCUCCCGGCGCAUCAACCACAUUUGCUGUACCACCACCUGCGCAUCACUUCGCAGCCUCUGGUCACUUCAACCAGCCUAGUCAUGUCGCUGCGCAAUCUGCGCUUUCCAUUCCUCCUGGGCGCAUGGAACCUCCCCCUCUGAGUUCAACUGCUGGACCUAUGCCGGGCACUGUCCACAACCCUAUUAUGGGUCCGAGAAAGAGGCUGAUUGUUACUUGCGACGGUACUUGGCUCGAUGCGGACAACGGACUGGUCAAUGGACAGAAACAACCACCUUCGAACGUCAGUAGAUUUGGAUGGGCUGUGAAGGACACCUCAAGAGAUGGUAUUCCUCAAGUUGUUAACUACCAGGCCGGCGUUGCCUCGUCAGGAGGACGUAUUUCCAGGGCUGUUGGGGGCGCAACAGGUCUUGGUCUGAAAGAGAACAUCCGAGAAGCAUACACAUACCUAGCCACGAAUUGGAGAGAGGGAGACGAGAUCUUUCUCCUAGGCUUCAGCCGUGGCGCUUUCACUGCGCGAUCUAUUGGUGGAUUGAUUGGUUCGUUGGGCCUUUUGACACGUCGAGGCCUACCCUCUUUUGGUGAGAUUUUUGAGGAUUGGGAACAUCGUCUAGACAAUCGAUAUCAGUCUUCUCUCCCUGAUUCACCUUUUCACAACAAGGGGCCCUUCGACGAAAGAUACGUCCACGAACUAGAACGACUCGGCAUGACCAAGAGGCGUGUGCCAAUAAAAGCAAUAUGUUGUUGGGACACUGUGGGUUCACUCGGCAUACCACGAACGCCUUGGCUCGAGAUGUUCAUAGGUCAAGGCAAAGGUAUGAAGGAUUAUCAAUUCGUUGAUACCAGAAUACAUCCUUGUGUUGAAAAUGCGUUCCAUGCUCUAGCAUUAGACGAGCAGCGAGCUCCAUUUUCUCCAGCAGUUUGGGAGAAGCAGGCGGACAAUAACGUAACGAAUCUUAAACAAGUCUGGUUUCCAGGCGUUCAUUCCAAUGUUGGUGGAGGUUACGACGAUCAAGAAUUGGCGAAUAUCACACUGGCAUGGAUGAUGUCCAGGUUAGAGCCCUUCCUCGACUUUCGACCAGACUUUCUUGUUACGCAGCUGGAUGCGCAAAAACAAUAUUACCGUGAUACUGAUCAGAAGCCUCGAAAGUGGGCCUUCGGAGAAAUCUAUCGCUCGCUCAAAGGUGCCUAUUCAUUGACCGGAAGGAGGGUACGAACUCCAGGAGCUUACCAAAGAGUUGACCCUAUGAACGGCCAACCUACGGGUAAGAAGCUCAAGAACACAAACGAAUACAUCCACGCCUCAGUCAGGGCGCGUCUGGGUUUGAGAGGUCCAGGACCCCAAGACAGAGGUGAAUACAACCCACCUGCCCUGGCAGAUUGGACCUUUGAGCCAGAACCAGCCCCAGUUGGAGGAACUGCUCAAGGCCAAGGUGGGAAUCUAUCAGAUGGCAUGAUGGUUGUAUGGAACUACAGGGGGGCCAAAGACCGUGACGGACAGACCCGCAUACCAGAGGCAGUACUGUUGGAAACAGAACUUGCCUUGCUUCGUCAAUUCCAAGCUGUAGACGACUACAUCCGCUACAUGAGGCCGCCAAGUGGUAAACGACGAUCGAAGCGCUAUCGUGGUAUGAAUGAAGAAUCGCAUAACAAUGGUAGCAUAAUAGAUGAGAAAAGGAGAAACAUGGGUCCCGCGCCUGACGACUUUGCUGAGCCCAUGGAUGGAGACAUUGACGGCACAGGCGAUCAUGACAGAAGACGAGAGAGGAAACAUCGCAGAAGAACACGUGGGACAAGUCUAGGUCCGGAUGCACCACCAGAUGACUACGGACCAGAUCGCAGGGAGCGCGACCCGGAUAGAGAGGAGAGGAGGAAACGAAGGACGAGCGCGCGUUACUGA